AUGCCGGACAAACUCGAACUGAACCCUAACUCGAUGACCAGACUCACUGAGUCCUCGGCGCCCUCCGAUGAUGAUGAGCCGUCUCUCAGCUCCCACACUCUCGCCGCCCUCAAAGAAUUCCUCGCCGAGCAGCAGCAUCACUCGGACGCUGGAGGAAGCUCCGAUGUUUCUCUCCUGUCCGAGGAUUGGAGGUUGAGCCAGUUCUGGUACAGUCCCGAAACAGCCAAAACCGUCGCCGAAGAAGUUCUCACUCUCUGCGGCGGCGUCCAUGCUCGCGUUGCCUGCAUCGCUUGCCCUACUCUCUAUGUUUAUCUCAAGCAAAUGAAUCCUAAUGUGUCUUUGCAACUUCUUGAGUAUGACAAACGUUUUCAGCAAUAUGGAAGUGACUACACAUUUUAUGACUACAAUCUCCCUAAUGAAAUACCAUCAGAAUUGAAGCAUUCAUGCAAAGUUGUAGUUGCCGAUCCUCCUUACUUGAGCAAAGAGUGCUUGGAGAAAGUUUCUGAAACAAUUCAUCUGCUCAUACAACCUGGAAAGUCAUUUGUGCUUCUGCUCACAGGUGAAGUGCAGAAAGAAAGUGCAGCAGAGAUCUUGGGCCUGUAUCCUUGUGGUUUUAGGCCUCAGCAUUCCAGCAAACUUGGAAAUGAGUUUCGGUUGUUCUCAAACUAUGACCCAGGAACGAGACUAGGAGGGUGGGAAAAAUAG